AGGAGAGGAGGAGUCGGUUGGACAGUUGUAGGAAAGGGGGCAAAGCGGCCCUCAGAUCCAAACCACAAAAUCUCAGGAUGUCCUGAUAUGAACUGUUGUUGUUCGGAAAGCAGAGAGCGGGGAGGGGAGAGCGCGCGGAGUGAGGUGGCGAGAGCCCAGGCGCCAAAAAAGAUGCUAAAACGUCACAGGGAGAGAUUUCCUUAUUGGGUCUCCCUCGCCUGCAUCCUGAGUCCAUAUAUGGGCAUUUAUGUCACAGCAGCCUCGCUCGGGGAACUCCAGAAAUGGAAGAGCGGAAGAUCAGAGGCAGAUAUAUAAACCCAGGCUGCGUCUCCUCGGCUCUUUGCUUACAAACACCGAAGAGGGGAGAGAGAGACGCACCUGCCGAGCUCAGCCCAGGUGAGGCCUGGGAUACAGAUACAGCCCCCAGCUCCCUAGGAAUUCAGAGCAUCCUCCUCUCUCUGCUACAGAGGACCAGCAUCCCGGCGUCUUUCCACCUGUCGGAGGAUUCCUUUACUCACCCCACCUGGAGCUGAAGCGACCUCUGGCUUGGUGGGGCCUCUGAGCAGCCAGGGAGGGGGCUCUCUCCACCCUUCCACACCUCCUGCUUUCCUCUCAUCCUUGCCCCCCCAUUCCCUCCCCCCAUCUCAUUUUCUUCAAUUUGGACAUGUUGAACACCAUGGAUUUCUCGCACCAGGACCCUCUGUAUGACAAGCGUCAGCUGAAAGCAGGUGACGCUUCCGUCUCCGGGCAGGACCAGGAGUCCCAACUUUUGACGGAGCAGCCGAGGGAGGGAGCCUCUGAUUUUCUCCCAGGUGACUUUAUGGGAGCCACAAUGAACCCUGAAACCACAGAUUACUACUUCGUCUCCAGACAGCCCUCCCCACCGGUCAGCUAUACGGGCAGCUUUUUCAUCAAGACAGAGCAAUGCCAAGACCAGGAGUCCCUCUUCAACCUGAUGUCAGGCAUCCUUGGUCUUUCUCCCUUCUCGUCUUCAGAGGCCCACCAGAGGCAGCCGGAUGCCGCCUACAGUGUCCCAGAGGCCAUUCAGAACCAUUUGGACCUCUAUUCCACCUGCCAGCCCGAGCUGAACAUUUCUGUGCGGCCGUCGUUAGCCGAGCAAAGCUAUUCCACGUUCUCCAGCCCUGACACCAUCCAGCAAGCCCAACCUUCCUCCGACGUGGGGGCCUCUUCCCAAUGCCUCUUUAGCGAAAAACUGUUGGACAGCAAACAGGACAUCAAGCUGUCCGCCAUCUCCCCAUCCCUGGAGAAGUUCAAAUCUCCUUGUUCCCACUGGGACCCUCUCAGCCAAUCUCAGAAUUACCUACCAGCAGAAUACACUCCUUCAGAGACAUUCCGCCCCACAGAGGCCAGCCAGACAAUGUUCCCCCAACUGGCAUCAAAAACUGAGAAUGUGUUGUCCGUCAGCUGCCAGUCAGAGCUCAACGGACUCCCCGAACAGUCGGGUUCCUUCGGACACAAUCUGGACUUCACUUGCCUGCCGGAAAGGUUCUCCACUCUCACACAGAUCCCCAGCGACUUUGUAGAGGCCAAGAUCCCCAAUUUGCCGCCCCAGCUCAUCCAAGACUUUGAGUCUUCUUUGCCCCAGGCUGAGGUCAUGCCAAACCUGGCAAGCACCAAUGACCAGAGGCUGCACACCAGCCACACCCCACCAUCAACUCCCAUGACGGACUUCCUGGCCCAUUCCUCCGGCUCCUUGGUCAACCCCCUAGCCCCCAGCCGGACCCCCGGAGCCGUCCCAGAGCCAAAGAAGAAGCCUCGCAGGGGGAAGUGCUCCUCCAAAUGCUUCUGCCCCAAACCCCAUGAAAAAGCCUUCGCCUGCCCGGUGGAGAACUGCAUCCGUUGUUUCGCGCGGUCGGACGAGCUCAACCGCCACCUGCGCAUCCACACCGGCCACAAGCCCUUCCAGUGCCGCAUCUGCCUGCGGAACUUCAGCCGCAGCGACCACCUGACCACGCACAUCCGGACGCACACGGGGGAGAAGCCCUUCUCCUGCGAUGACUGCGGGCGCCGGUUUGCCAGGAGCGACGAGAAGAAGAGGCACAGCAAAGUCCACUUGAAGCAGAAAGCCCGGGCGGAGGAGAAGCUCAAAGGCCUGGGCUUCUACUCCGUGGGACUUUCUUUCGGGAUGCUGUAAAACCCUGGGGGUGUGGGUGCAAAUCCUGCUGUGACCUUGUGGGGAGGUUUUUUCUUUCUGGAAAGGGCUCUGGGAAACUCAGGUUAAGGUUCCUUCGUGCAGCAGAGAGUUGAAAGUAACGAGAGACGUGGCUGGACACAAGCAUUGUGGCUUGUCCUGUUGAUUCAUUUUUUGGAGGUGUCCGGGUGGAAGAAUGUGAAGGGAGGGGACCAAAAGGGUCUGGUGGGAUGUGGGCAAGAAUUCCAUGCUCAUUUGCAGAGGAGUUCAGGUCCAAAGGCCAGCUUCUGAGUUGUCAGAGAAAUCUGUAUUUUAGCAGAGGUGAGCUUCUGAUUUUCAGCACCACAUGAGUAGCGGACAGCUCCUAGUGGCUGAGCUA